GUUUAUAGCACGCAUGUCGCAUGGAGUGCAUGGAGCGCAGAUCCAUAAGGGACGCAAGAAGCGCCCCCUUUAGCUCCAUGCAACUCCAUGCACUCCAUGCCGCGCGAGCUGGCAAACCUUGGAAAUCGCUCGGAUAUGAUGAAACUAUGCGUGCCUGAGCCUGAUGUAAAUGUAUAGAUUCAUAUUGAAUUGUGCUCUGCCAUUGUUCGGUCGUUGGUCACCGCAGGUUCUGACGGAAGGCGAAGC